UGCUCAGCUGUGAUUGUGUAUACUGGUGUGUACACCUGUGUGACGCGUGAUUGUUGUUAUUUAAUUGUCAAACUGUGGUGCGAAAUGGAACCACCUGGCGGGAGGGAUUCCCGUUUUAACUUGGGAUACAGCAUGAAUCUGUUAAGUGGCGAGACUGCACCCGAGAUUUACGGCAACCCGAGCCUGGGCCGGCCGUCCACUAGCUUACAGCAACUGUCGCCGCGGCAUACGAUGGUGUCUAGUGCUUGUGGCGGCCGAGGACUUAAAUCCGACAUGUAUGACGAGCGGGGGAUGUCGUCCCAGAGCAUGGGCCUGGAGGCCUGCGGUGUGAAUGACAUCUCCGAAGACACUUAUAGUUCGUUACAGUCCAAGAAGUCACCCCCUAGCAACGGCAAAAAGACCAAAGGCAGAGUUAAGAUCAAGAUGGAAUACAUCGAAAACAAGCUGCGGCGGUACACGACGUUCUCAAAGAGAAAAACUGGAAUCAUGAAGAAGGCGUACGAGCUCUCGACGUUGACCGGGACCCAGGUGAUGCUCCUGGUGGCGUCCGAGACGGGCCACGUGUACACCUUCGCAACCAGGAAGCUGCAACCGAUGAUCACCAGCGAGGCAGGGAAGGCCCUCAUCCAGACCUGCCUCAACAGCCCCGACCCGCCGGCCGGCUCCGCGGGCGGCGACCAGAGGAUGUCCGCCACCGGCUUCGAGGAGACGGAACUCACCUACAACAUCAGCGACGAGGACUCUAAAAAUGAAAACAUGUCAGCCGGCGACUCAAGCGACAGUUGCAGUGACGGCGAAAUGGACACCGAAACACCCCUGUCGGUAUUCGUUCCCCCAGACACCCCUUCCUUCAACACGAUGUCGCCCCCGUCCUCACCAUACCAGCCGAAACAAAGACAGUCCUCACCUUCCACCCCCACACCGUCCUCAACACCUUCGUCUUCUUCGACGCCAACGAAAACUUCAUCGACCGCAUCUUCGCAACCUCCCAUACUGUCCCCUCUGGUCUAUCAAACCCCGCAAGGCAUGAUGUACGCCACGCCAUCUACCGGAGGGGUUAUCCUGAGCCUGGCGCAGGGUGAUCCUAACUCUGCUCAUCCGCAGUUCAUCACGAUACCGUUAUCGAUGGUGGCCACUAACGGCCAAGGGGAACUAGAUCUAUCCAAGCGGAAGUGACACGUCUCUGCUCUUCCUUUAAAAGUUUUUUCACCCAGGCCCUGACCAGCCGGUUUCCUUUUCCGGCUAUUUCGUACCUUUCACGUUCUCUGCGGCGCGAGGCCUGUGCACUUCCUCGACGAGGAGGUACCGUUUCAUUUAUUGAUCGAGUUCAUUUUUAUUCUUCAUGUACAUUUAUUUAUUAUUUUUUAUAGCUUUGUUUUUUGUAUAUAAUAUCACUGUCGGAAGUUGUCUAUUAAUGCGCUCUGUAUUGUAGACACGUUACUUUUAUUUCGCCUUACAUUGUAUCGCUGUAGACUACUGUUUACUUUUAAGUUUUACUGCACGUUAUGAAAAGGUAGACGCCAAGCAGAAAUACUGUUUCGUAGUUGAAAUUUGCUCAAAAUUUUUGUAAAGUAUCAGGUCAGUGAAUACUAUAUUCAUAUAUUCAGCAUAACAAAUGGAGGAAAAAUAAAAUUGAAUGCAGAUAACAAGUCACGAAAGUUAUCCAUUACAGAACAUGGAUCUAGUACCCAACAAGACUCUGAACCUUUUUUGCGUGUAAAAUUUUUAUAUAAAAAAUGCCCAAUAGAAGUUUCUGAUUUUUCCUGUCUAUCCUGGUAUUUCAGACGAGUGGGUCAUAAUUAGCUAUUUUCUCGUUUAAAAAAAUUAGAUCACGACCAUCUGUAAACUUGAGUUUCUGGGAAGAUGAUUCGAUUUAUGGAAAUUAAAGAUUAUAGUUUUUUAUCUACAUUAAACCAAACAAUUAAAGGGUCAAAAGAAUUUCCGAAAUUUUUCCGUGAUUUUUGACAGACUGUAUUUAAGUGAAAAAUGGUCGUUUCGAGAAUUAAAAAAAAACAUUUUGAAGCUCUAAGAUUAUAGUUUUUGGACUUUCGGUCGAAAAUUUUUGGGAGCUACGGUUACCAUGCAAUUCUAAGAAAUAGCGCAACAAAAAAAUU